GCCAGGGUCGAAGCUGGGGAGACCGACGGCAUCCGCCCCAAAGUCACAAGCUCGGUGCUUUGAGCACCUCAUUCUGGCUCUUAUUCCACAGCCUUUCUCAAACACGCUCUUUCUGGCACCACUGUGUGCGCAACUCAGCAAUCAUGGCGUCUAGGAGGAAUGCGCCAUCUACUUCGGCCGAGAUCUCGCUCGUUCAUCUCAAGAACUGCCUCGUUAAUCUGCCACCGACGCUGGUGUCCCUCCUUGUCAACGUCAACACACCUGCUCAGAAUGUAGUAGUCGAGCUCAGCAUCAAAUCACCCACGACCGCACAAGCUGGCGCAAGCCCCUCACCUCAGUCGAUCUUUGUAGGAUGGACGGGUAUGCCGAGCAAGCGCAGGACCACGGCGCCUGUGGGAAGAGAUGGGAUCAAUGGGACAAGAGGCUCGUCUAGAGAGCAGGACGGUCAAUCCGUCGAGAUGGACGCGACCUUGGCUAAAGCGCUUGGCGUCAGCGACGGCCAGAAGGUCAUGGCCACAGUUCAUGUCGAUCCACCGCUGGCGCAUACCAUCAACAUUGAGCCGCUCACCCCCGAGGACUGGGAGAUUGUCGAGCUACACGCCACUUUUCUCGAAUUGAACCUGCAGUCCCAGAUCCGAGCGCUACCGAAUCCGGCCUACGCCCCGUCAGAGGGCAUUCCCGUGCCAGCUCACACGCUGACGUUGCACCUGUCGCCUACCUCCACAGCCAAUAUCAAGGUGGUGUCUCUGGACCCGGCACCUGGUGCUGAUAUACCAUUUGCCAAACUGUCGCCCAACGCUGAGGUGAUUGUGGCACCAAAGACCAGAGCCAAGACGCCCAGUAGCACAGGAGAUCAUCGGAGUGUGGCCAGCACGUCCAAGUCGAAACGAAGCGGUGCGAGCACUGUGCGUCGGAGAAGUGCUAGAGAGGAGAAGAAGUCGGCCCUGUUCUUCCGCGGCAUUGAUCGCGCAGUUGUGCGCGAGUGGUUCGACGAGGAUGCGCCAGCUCAGGAGCUCAGUAUCUGGGUUGACCAGGAUAUUGUUCAAACCGGACCGCUGCAGGGUAUCAAGUACGGUGUUGUUGAUGUGAUGAAACCGGGAGGUCUGCAGAAGCCACAAGCCGAAGAUGGCACUGCACCAGCCACCACUGUCACAGCGUCACAGGUCAUUGCCCACAUACGAGCGUGGGAGGACCCUCCAAACGGCCAAACCGCCGCACUCUCUUCCGCGCUGUGCGCAACGCUUGGUUGCUCGGGUCUGGUGGGAGGCGUUGUUAAGCUGCAGCCAGCACCAGCGCAGUUGACGACCAGUACCGUCAAGCAAAUCAAGGUGUUCCCCUUUGCCACAACCUCACAAGCCUCAAAGGGUCUGAAAUUUGGCGGCGAAACAAAGGCUGAGAAGGAAGAAUCUGCCAAAAGAUUUCGCAACAUUUAUGGAGCUACCUCAGGCGCCCCAGGUCUGUUGCAAGGCCCCUUGACCGACGGUGCUGCGCUCGGGAUCUUUGAGGGCUUGGACGCCCCAAGCACCUGGGAAGGAGGACUUAUCAAAUUCGUAUUCGACUCGGACAGCGCCAAUCAGCCCGACACGAGCAAGGACGCCGUGCAUUGGGUUCUGGGGAUCGAUAACAAGGUCGGCAUCGAUUUCCAGCCGCCGGUGCCUCGUGCAUCCAGCAAAUCUGAUGGGGACUCGUAUGAUCUCCAUCCUGAAACCGACGCCCUCCUCGUUGGCAUCGAUUCCUUGCUGCAGAAUCUGCAGAAGCAACUUGUGCAAAUGUCGUCCCUGCUCCUGACAGGUGGCAUGGGGUCGGGAAAGAGCUCUGUGGCGAAAUACUUGGCCCAGCAAUUACGAGAAGACCACCUUUUUACCACCAUAUACUAUCCCUGCCGCAAACUGGUCACGGACGAGACGAGGAUAUCGACUAUCAAGGAGACUCUGCACCACCUGUUCAUGACCGCAACAUGGGGUGCCCGUUUAGGCGGGAAAGCCAUCGUUGUGCUCGACGAUGUCGAUAGGCUAUGCCCCGCCGAGACCGAGUUGCAGGUCGGCAACGACAACGGGCGCAGCAGACAGGUCAGCGAGAUCCUGUGCUCCAUGGUGAAACAAUACUGCACAAAGAGCAGCGGUGUAGUGCUGCUGGGCACGGCUGAGGGCAAGGACUCUCUGAACAGCGUGGUGGUGAGCGGCCACGUAGUCAGGGACAUUGUCGAGCUGUCCGCGCCGAACAAGGAAACACGCAGGCGCGUGAUGGAGUCCAUCGUGAGCAUCGACGCCACGCGGCCGGGCGAUGGGUUUGCACAAACGAGCAAUUGCAGCCGCCCCACGACGGCCGACGGCAGCAGUGCUACUGGCGACGAGAAUGGAGAAUGGAUGGAUGGUGGCAGUCAGUACAAUGGCGAUUUGCCUCGCAAGAACGCUGGAGGAUUCAUAAUGGAGAGCGACCUCGACUUUUUGGAUAUUGCUGGCUCGACGGACGGGUACAUGCCAGGCGACAUUGCCGUGCUUGUGUCGAGGGCGAGAAACGAGGCCAUCAUGCGUGCCAUUGGCAACGAUCCCUCGGACGCAAGCAACAUGCCCAUUCCCUUGGGCCGAAUCGACUUUGACAAUGCUCUCAAGGGAUUCACGCCAGCGUCGCUGCGCAACGUCUCUCUGCAAAGCUCGACAACUACGUUCAAGUCCAUCGGCGGCCUGCAAGAGACGCGAAAGAUCUUGUUGGAGACUUUGCAAUAUCCGACAAAAUACGCACCCAUCUUUGCUCAAUGCCCGCUUCGACUGCGGUCCGGUCUGCUGCUGUACGGGUAUCCGGGUUGCGGAAAGACUCUGCUCGCGAGCGCUGUGGCUGGCGAAUGUGGUCUUAACUUCAUCAGUGUGAAGGGCCCCGAGAUUCUGAACAAGUACAUUGGUGCGUCGGAGAAGAGCGUGCGUGAUCUGUUUGAUCGCGCCCAGGCGGCGAAACCGUGCGUGCUGUUCUUUGACGAGUUUGAUUCCAUCGCACCCAAAAGAGGUCAUGACUCUACGGGUGUGACAGACCGCGUGGUCAACCAGCUGCUUACCCAGAUGGAUGGCGCCGAGGGUCUCUCUGGUGUCUAUGUCCUCGCCGCGACUUCGCGACCCGACCUAAUCGAUCCUGCGUUACUACGUCCCGGCCGACUUGACAAGUCGUUGCUAUGCGAUCUGCCCGAGGUCGAGGACAGGCUGGACAUUCUCAAGGCUCUGUUGCAAAAGGUGCGGCUAUCGGAUGAGCUGGUUCACUCUGAUGACGUGCUCCUCGACAUUGCGCAUCAGACUGAGGGUUACUCGGGUGCCGAUCUACAAGCGUUGGUCUCCAACUCGCAGCUAGAAGCCAUCCACGACGUUCUCGACGUCAACGAUCAUGUCACGACUACCACGAAGCGACCAAAUGGAAUGACGAAUGGACAGACAACCAAGGCAGCCCCAGGUUUCGUCCAGUUCCGCUACGGUGAGACGGCAAAGCCCGUAGACGAUAGCGCGCCCAAGAGCGCAGCCGCCGCGCUCGUGGAAAAGGCUGCCAUCGUGUCCAAGCUGGAGGAGAUCAAACUGGCCCGUCGUAGAGCCAGGGAAACUCAGCGAGGAGCAGCGUCUGGGGGACCCGGUGUCGACAGCAAGAGUGACGCUGCCGACAAGGAGGUUGUGAUCUGCCGCGAGCACCUCGAGAGGGCUCUGGAUGCCACGAGAGCCAGCAUCAGCAGCGACGAAAAGGCACGGCUGCGCAGGAUCUACCACGAGUUCGUUGUGGGGCGUAGCGGACAGAUGAAGGACGGACAGGCCAGCAUGGAGAUUGGGGGCAGGAGUAGCUUGAUGUGAUUGCAAAUACCACCAGCAUUUUAACUACACGUUUGUCUGAGCACUGGUAGACGCGUGGCAGCAAACAUGAAGACAAGGUCGUACUGUAUCGUCUGUACGGACUACGGACUGGAGUC